AUGGCGCCGGCCCUGCGCCGUGUCCUGGUGGCGCUCCUGGCGCUGCCGCUGUCUUCGGCCAUGACGAGACCUGAUGGAUGCUCUGAGUACCGCUGGAACGGCACCUGUGCAGGUUUUUCCAUCUCAUGUGAAAGUCUGGCCAUCGCCGGCUUGAUUUGCGGCGACCAAGAUGGAGGUGUGGGGACCAUCUCGUCGGACUGCAAGGACAUGUGUGCGGAGCCCUGCUGCAUCACCACGACCACGACCACCCAGACCACGACCUCCCAGGGACCCAUAGCCCGUGCCGCUGUGGCUGAUCAGCGGCUGGUCUUUGCAGAGCGCUUCAGACCUACCUGGACAUUCCUGUGUUUGACUUGGGCCCAUAGGAUCUUCCUUGUCUUGGUUUCGAUCAUUGCCGUUGGGAUUGGUGUGAUCGAGAUGAGCGGUGUUCCAGAUGGAGGAGUUGGGAGCCCUACGAGUCCUCAACAAGCAGCGGCAGCGGCGGUUCAAGCAGGCGCUGCUGCGGGGCUGACACAAGAGCAAGUCCUGAUACAGAUGCAAGCCCAAAUGCAGGUUCAACAAGACAUGCUUCUUCAGCAACAGGCUCAAAUGCAGGAUGUCAUGGCGAAGCUGGCUGAGUCCAAUGCGAGGACGUUGAGAGCUGAGGAGGAGCGCCAUCUGGCGUUGAAGGCUUUGAGUAGAAGUGAGGAGCUGGUUGAUGCUCGUGGAGUUGGACAGCCCUUCAAAUUCAGCGGCAAGGUGGAUCAGGAUUUUUCAGAGUGGGAUCACAAGAUGAGAACUUUCUUGCGAGCCAAAUUCAGAGCUGAUGUGGAUACAGUUUUGCAAUGGGCAACAAAGCAGAGGAAGGUGAUCAUGCGCUACACGGAUGGCUCAUCGAGGACCUCUUCAUGGGAUCCUGUCUUUGGGGAUUCAGCAGAUGCUCUUGACCAAGUUGAAGGAGUAGACAAAAUGGUGGAAGGCAUCUACGCUUACCUGGUCUCUUUCACAACAGGGGAGGCCAACAAGGUUGUCCGUAACUCUGGAACGGAUGGGCUGGAGGCUUGGCGUCGAGUUCAUGCUGAAUAUGACCCGACGUCUUCAGUCCGAAGGGUUGCGGUGCUUGGCAUGGUGCAGAAUCCUCCCAAGUGUAAGAGCGUGGAGGAAUUGGGAGGAGCUUUAGAGGAUUGGUUGGCCAAGAAGAGACAAUAUGAGGAGUUUACAGACAACGAUGGCCGACCCUGCCGUGUGAGCGAUGAUUCGCUUCUGGCAGCAAUGCAUCAGCUGAUGCCCCAGUCUUUGGAGGAGAGCCUGAUGCUUCGACAAGAUGAGUUCACCACCUAUGAGGAGCUCUUUGACAGGUUGUCCAGCUUUGCAUCUACGAAGCACAGCUUGCACAUCUCCAGACGAGAGCUUGGGUCUAGCAGUGGAGGUGGAAAGAAGAAGGAUGACAACGCUAUGGACAUUGGGGCGUUGAAUGCAGUCUCGAAGUCCAAGGGCAAAGGAGGCAAGAACAUCACCUGCUACAAGUGUGGGCGACCUGGACAUCGUGCAGCCGAUUGUCGCAGUGGAGGCAAAGGUUAUGGCAAGGGAGGAGGAGCUUCUCAGGGCAAGCGCAUGGACAAUGUUCAGUGUUGGGUUUGUCAUGGAUAUGGCCAUUAUGGUAAAGAUUGCCGUCAUCGAGCUGACAACAAGGGCAAAGGCAAGAACAAGUCCAAGAACGACGGCAAGGGCAAGUCGAAGAACUCUGGCAAAGGCAAGGGCUAUGGGGGUUCGAACAAUGCUUCUUCCUUGGAAGCGGUGCCCAAUACGACUUAUCGUGAACCUGGAGCAGAACCUGAAUGUGGCAAGGACUUGGGCUAUUUGGAUCUAUGUGCUUGUGAUCAUUGCGGUGAAGUUUGCAUGGUUGGUGGAUCCGACACGAGCCAAGACGACAGCAUGGAGGUUGAGAUUGAGGGCCGCAAGCCUGACUACUUGGUGGAGUAUGACGGUGAGGAGUGGAUCAAGGUGAACUACGACAGUGGUGCGGUGACAACAGUCAUCCCAGUUGAGAUGGUGGAGGAUGAUCUCAAGCUCCACCGCAUCGGUGACUUCAAGGUGGCCAAUGGAGAGAAGAUCCCGCGCUAUGGGAAGAUCAGGAUGCCUGUGAUGGAUGAGCGUGGCAACAGGCGUGGGAUAAGUGCAACGGUGACCCAUGUUCACAAGCCUCUUGGGUCGGCUGGAGAGUUCAGCAAGAAUCAUGACGCCUACCUUUGGAAGGAUGGUGGCAUUCUUCUUCCUCGCAAUGGAGCUUUGGCCACUGAGAUGCGCAACCAUUACAAGAGGAUCACAAGGCAGUUCAGCGACCAGCAGGUGAUCCCCCUCUACAAGGAAGGCAACCUCUACAACUUCUAUGUGCAGAAGCGGGGCAAGAUGUCUGAGAUUUGUGCCAUUGACAGUGGCAGUGACUCCUCGUCGGCAAACAGCCGGCAGGGAUACCCGUAA